AUCACUACGAUUCCAGAGCAUGUAUUCGAGAGAGUGUUUGGGUACGACUCAGAGCCACUGGUAGCCACAAAAAAGAGACUGUCACAGUAUGAUGGCACGCCAUUGACCGUGUGUGGAGAGAUGCGUGCUCAUGUUCAGCACGAUGACCAGCAGUUCACAGGUACAGCUUUGGUGGUGAACGUGCGUAACAAGUACCCGCUACUAGGCCGUGAUUGGUUGUUCCGUGUAAAGCUGGACUGGAAUAGAAUAUUUCACGGACGUGACGUUCACACAGUGUGCAUGUCUGCUUCCCAGUUGCAGGAGAAAUAUGAAGAUGUGUUCUCCGAUCAGCUGGGGGAGAUCAGAGGCAUCGAAGCUGACAUCGAGCUGGACGACAAUGCCAGACCUCGGUUCUUCCGGAGCCGGCCGGUACCGUUUCCACUGAGGGAGAAGGUGAACCAGGAGCUCGACAGGCAGCUGGAGGAAGGAGCACGUGGACAACCUCGAACAACUGCUCAGCCGCCUUCAGCAGUACGGUGUGCGGCUGCGCCGCGAGAAGUGCCGCUUCUUCCAGAGGUCUGUGGAGUUCUUGGGAUACACUCUCACCACCGAGGGAGUGCGACCGAGCGAAAAGAAGCCCAGGUGGCGUCUGCCACCGCCAAGGAUCCGGUGCUCAGCGUGGUGCUCGGCUGGGCUCGAACCGGCGCCUGGCCCGGGCACGCGAACGACAGCCGGUUGAAGCCGUACCUGCAGCGGAGAGAGCAGCUCACCGUGAUCGACGGCUGCGUACAGCUCGGUGAGAAGGUAGUCAUACCUGACAGAUAUAGAGCUCAGCUACUGAAGGAGCUUCAUGAAGGCCAUGUUGGCAUUCAUAAGAUGAAGUCACUGGCUAGGGUGUUCCUCUGGUGGCCAGGGCUAGAUGCAGAUAUUGAAAAAGUAUGCCGUUCGUGUCCGUCCUGUGUCGAGAACGCGAACAUGCCCAAACCAGAGAAUGUACACCCGUGGAAAUACCCAGUUCAGCCUUGGGACAGAGUCCACAUUGAUUUUGCCACUUUUGAAGGAAAAACCUACCUUUUGCUCGUUGAUGCUUACUCAAAAUGGCCAGAAGUGCGAUACAUGUCUAGCACAACGGCUACUAAGACCAUCGAAGUGUUGACGGACAUUUUUGCAACGCAUGGUUUUCCGGUGACGUUGGUGUCAGACAAUGGCCCGCCGUUUACCUCUGGAGAGUUUCAGAGCUACCUGGCAGCGCGAGGUAUUCAUCACCGUCUGACACCGCCGUACCACCCAGCGUCAAACGGGCAGGCGGAGUCUCUGGUACGUACCUUCAAAGCUUUCCUCAAGAGGUAUGCAGGACCCAGAACCACAGCAGUAGCACAAUUUCUGGCAAAAUACAGAACGACUCCAUGCGUCACAACAGCCCGGGCACCCGCCGAAUUGCUUUUUGGGAGACUGCCUCGGACAAAGCUCUCGCUCCUCAAGCCCAGUGUUGCAGCGCGGAUGCGACAUGAGCCUGUCGACACUGUCUCACGAUCAUUUCUUGCAGGUCAACCUGUCUUGGUUCGAGAUCUGCGGCCAGCAGCGACCGAGAAAUGGCAGCGCGCUGUCGUCGUCGCCAUUGGAGGCCCACUGACGUACAGCGUGCGGCUGCCGGACGGUCGCAUACGUCUCGCCCACGUGGAUCAUCUGCUGGCCGACGGCUCUGCUUCUGUGACGGCUGAGCGUGGGCCCCUCGAUGCGCGGGUGACGGUGCCGCCUCCGACGGAGCCGGGAAAGCUUCGCGGUCCAGCAGUGCCAUGUGUGAUGGACGCUAGGGGGCGUUUUCCGUAUAUCAGUGAUUAUAAUAAGCGAGCAACAUGCGAGGGCAAUCGUGGCGCGCGUGCAUCAGAGCCGGUAGAAGCGGCGCCGGCCUUGCGGCGCUCUGCUCGGCUGGCUAAAAAAACUUGUUAAAGGGGGAGGAGUGCUGUGAGCGCCGUCUAUUUGCUGCAUGUGCUGGUCGUGUGACCGCUCGUGUGACCGCUCGUGUGACCGCCCGGCUGGGCCGCCGCUCGGCGCAGCUGACCGACCGACUGCCUGGGGGCGGGGUCGAAGGUCGGGGAGCUGCGCGGUCGAGACGAACCGCCGCUGACCGACUGAUGGUCACUCUCUGACCGGCCGUGAUCCAAUACAGUCCGUCUGAUGAA